CUUUAUUCAUGUUUGCACCAGAAAUAUUCGAAAAGAUAUUGUCAAACCUAUCCUUUACAGAAUGCUAUCAUCUUCGCUCCGUCUGUUAUGCCUGGAUGCAGCGUAUUGAUUAUUACUUGUAUAAAACCUUCAAAUGUCAGCAAACGCAAUUACACAUAGUGCAUAAACAGCAAACGCUUGCUUCUUUGAUCCCUUACUGCUUUGAUGAAGAGAACAAAGUGAUCGAAUUCAGGCCAAAAGAUAACAGUUCUAUCGAAAUACAGCAAGUAAGCUACAUUCAGCUGCAUUUUAGCCAAUGGAAAGUAUUUGACAGUGCAUCAAAUCAACUUCGAGCAUUGGACAUUGGACUUCGUGCGCAGGCACUUUUCCAUUUGGCAUAUAAUCCAUCCAGAGAACAACUGUACGAACUACCUCCUCCUUUAGCAUGUUUAAAUAGUCAGAUACGAUAUAUUGGUGAUCCAGGUGUGAUUGUUUGUUUUUCUUAUUCAAACAACAAUGUUACUGCAGAUCCAGCAGUAGUAUUGAAAGUCCAUAGUAUCCGUGUAAAUCUGUCCUGGCUAUUAUCCGGAAUUGAUACCCAAAUAGUCCCUCAAGAAAUGUACAUUGAUCGAUAUCUGGCCUUACGCGAUGCUUCUCGAAAGCGUGGCGUCAUCCGGUUUAACAAGUACUCUGAGCCUGUGCUUACGUAUAUCAUGGCUAAUACAACAGAGGCGUUAGAAAGUUUAUUAUCUAAAAUGAGCACAAAUGAUGUUCCGUUCGUACGCCAACAGAUCCAAACCGCCCUCAAAUCAUUCAAUAUCGAUCCUCGCGUGAUCUGGAAGUAUAACUUUGUAAAGCGAUAUAUUCUUGAAGGACAAUGCUGCAAUGAACACAUUAUGCAAGUGGUUGAAAGAAUAAAGGCAUCAGAGGAAGAAUGGCAAAAGAAAAAACAGGAUUUAUUACAGCAAUUAGUUAAAGUAAAGUAAUUUUUGUACAAUAAAAAGAAUAUAUAAAUAAAGUAUGCAGCCUCUGUUGUAUUCUAAAUUUAUUCGGCCCAUUCGAAAAAGUCGCAGCCACUGUCUCGACCAGCAGCACAAGCAAAGAAUUUACGUCCCUUGUUGGGUGAUUCUUUUGUAACAGUUAGUUCAGCUGCAGCGUUCCC